UCCAAUCUCUAAAUAGAUGAGAAACUUAAAACAAAUAGGAUUAGCAAAAAUUAAGAAGUACAAGAAGUACGCUAGUGACAAGUACAAGGACAUCUACACAGAGCUCAGUAUUGUGAGGGCAAAGGCCGACUGUGACAUCAGCAGGUUGAAAGAGCAGCUGAAAGCAGCGACGGAAGCACUGGGUGAAAAAUCCCCAGAAAACACCCCCGUGUCAGGAUACGAUAUAAUGAAAUCUAAAAGCAACCCUGACUUAAAGAAAGACAGAUCCUCUGUCAGCCGGCAACUCCGAAACAUCAGAUCCAAGAGUCUGAAGGAAGGCCUGACGGUGCAAGAACGCUUGAAGCUCUUUGAAUCCAGGGACUUGAAGAAAGUCUAGCUGCGUCCCGUUCCACUUGAACACACACCCCUCCCAGCCUGCGGCAGCACUAUCCAAGCGCUGCUUUUUGUGAAAGCAGCUUUUGUGCUCAUUUGUGAAAAUAUUGCUGGUGGGACCAUACUACUGGUGGGACAGCUGCUUUGAAGAACCAUUUGGUAUUAUCAAUCGAAACUGGAAACAC